ACUGCUGGGGUAGUUUGGCCGCCGCUCAAGGUCGUGGGGCCUGACGAGCGCGGGCGAUGCAGGCAGGCCCUCAUUUCGACCCCGUGGACACCAGCGGGUUAGUGGGCGCGGGGCUGCGCGAGCUGUGACCUUGGAGUCCGCCGAACACUGCCCCGGGAGGCCCCUGGCUGGAGGGGACCGGAGACCGAGACCGGGCUUCCCGGGCUCCGAGGGCUGCUUGGCGGCGGCGGUGGCGAAACCUGUCAGGGGUCACUGGUAAUGCUCCGGAAUAUUCGCAAAGUACCUUUCAUUUUCGUAAAGAAAAAUGACAGAAACGCCUAAACGACCCGUCCUUGGCUGCUCAACAGUGCGAUGCUUCAGUACAUCUAUGGUCAGACCAUUUACCAAGCUUGUGAGGCCACCUGUUCAGGUAUACGGCAUUGAAGGUCGCUAUGCCACUGCUCUUUAUUCUGCUGCUUCUAAACAGAAUAAACUGGAACAAGUAGAAAAGGAGUUGUUGAGGGUAGCGCAACUCCUGAAGGAACCCAAAGUAGCGGCUUAUAUUCUGAAUCCGUAUAUUAAGCGUUCCAUCAAAAUGAAAAGCCUAAAUGACAUGACAGCAAAAGAGAGGUUUUCCCCCAUCACGUCUAAUCUGAUCAACUUGCUUGCUGAAAACGGCCGCCUAAACAAUGCCCGUGGCAUCGUUUCUGCUUUUUCUACCAUUAUGAGUGUACACCGUGGAGAAGUACCUUGCACAGUGACCACUGCAUCUCCUUUACCUGAAGCUGUUCUCUCUGAGUUAAAGACAGUCCUGAAGAGCUUCCUAAGUCAAGGCCAAGUUUUGAAAUUGGAGGUUAAGACUGACCCAGCAAUCAUGGGUGGAAUGAUUGUCCGUAUUGGAGAGAAAUAUGUUGAUAUGUCUGCAAAAACCAAGAUUCAAAAGCUGACCCGGGCUAUGCGGGAGAGUAUCUAAAAGUGUUGGCUUUCUGUCAGUGAAAAUUCUUAAACAUGGAGCAACAAUAAAUGCUUCCUGAAGAGACUA